CGCCCCACCCUUGUCCCCACCUCCUUCGGGUCCUCCGGCUGCCCAACGCCAGCCUCUCAGCUCUCUCUCUCCUCUCUCUGCGCCCUCUCUCUCUCUCUCUCUCUCUCUCUGUCUCUGUCUGUCUCUCCCCCCAUGCUCCUGUGCCGUGGUCAGCAGCAGGCUGAGAGAGAGAGAAGCCGGCGGACAGUGGACAGUGGACGGAGGGAGAGGCGCUGACACUCGCUGUAGAAGGGGGCAGCCCCUCACAAGAACGCUGUGGUGGUGUGCUGCUGCUGCUGCUGCUGUUGUUGUUUUCUUUUCCCCGCCGGAGGAGCGCGAGCACUGUGGAUGGGAAGAGGAUGCAUUGUGGGCUGCUGGAGGAGCCGGAUAUGGAUUCCACAGAGAGUUGGAUUGAGAGAUGCCUCAAUGAGAGCGAGAGCAAGCGCUACUCCAGCCACACGUCCCUGGGGAAUAUGUCCAAUGAUGAGAACGAGGAGAAAGAGAACAACAGGGCGUGCAAGCGUCACUCCACACCAGCCACUCUGCAGUGGCUGGAGGAGAACUAUGAGAUUGCAGAAGGAGUGUGCAUCCCUCGGAGCGCACUCUACAUGCACUACCUGGACUUCUGCGAGAAGCACGAUUCCCAGCCGGUGAACGCAGCCAGCUUUGGCAAGAUCAUAAGGCAACAGUUCCCUCAGCUAACCACCCGGAGACUUGGAACCAGAGGCCAGUCAAAGUACCACUAUUAUGGCAUCGCCGUGAAGGAGAGCUCGCAGUACUACGAUGUGAUGUACUCCAAGAAGGGCGCAGCGUGGGUGAACGAGACGGGCAAGAAGGAGGUGACCAAGCAGACAGUGGCGUAUUCACCGCGCUCCAAGCUGGGGACGCUCCUGCCAGACUUUCCAAAUGUCAAAGACCUAAAUCUGCCUGCAAGCCUGCCAGAGGAGAAGGUCUCCACCUUUAUCAUGAUGUACCGCACUCACUGCCAGCGAAUACUGGACACGGUCAUCCGGGCCAACUUUGAUGAGGUCCAGAGUUUCCUGCUGCACUUCUGGCAGGGCAUGCCCCCCCACAUGCUGCCCGUGCUCGGCUCCUCCGUCGUGGUCAACAUCGUGGGCGUAUGUGACUCCAUCCUCUACAAGGCCAUCUCCGGGGUCCUCAUGCCCACGGUACUCCAGGCACUGCCAGACAGUUUGACGCAGGUCAUUCGGAAAUUUGCCAAACAGCUGGACGAGUGGCUGAAGAUCGCGUUGCAUGACUUGCCAGAGAACCUGCGGAACAUUAAAUUUGAGUUGGCUCGAAGGUUCUCCCAGAUUCUAAAGCGGCAAACGUCGUUAAACCACUUAUGUCAGGCGUCACGGACGGUCAUCCACAGUGCGGACAUCACGUUCCAGAUGCUGGAGGACUGGCGUAACGUGGACCUGAACAGCAUCACCAAGCAGACCCUGUACACCAUGGAGGACUCGCGAGAGGACCAGCGCAGGCUCAUCAUCCAGCUUUAUCAAGAGUUUGAUCGCUUGCUGGAGGACCAGUCGCCCAUCGAAGCCUACAUUGAAUGGCUGGACUCCAUGGUGGACAGAUGUGUUGUGAAGGAGGCCGGGAAGCGGCCCGGGAGUCUGCGGAGGGUGGCCCAGCAGUUCCUGCUCAUGUGGUCGUGUUUUGGGACGCGCGUGAUCCGGGACAUGACUCUUCACAGUGCGCCCAGCUUCGGCUCGUUUCACCUGAUCCACCUGAUGUUUGACGACUACGUGCUGUACCUGCUGGAGUCUCUGCACUGCCAGGAGCGUGCCAACGAGCUGAUGAGGUCCAUGAAGGGCGAGGCCAGCACAGCCGAUCGAGUUGAAGACAUGAUGCUGACGGAAACCACACCCUCGUCCCCUGCGGCCUACUCGCCAGCCAAAUCGGUCCACUCGGUCGGAGUCCCAGCCCUCAGCUCGCCCACCUCUGCCCAGUCUCCGGAAUAUACCGGGGUGCCUACUACCACAGGUGCUGUUCAGUCAUAUACCUGGUCCCUUACGUACACAGUGACUACGUCAGGAGGCUCCCCACCUGAAGGCGGACCACAGCUCUCCUGCAUGCGCACUGCCCCCUCCGUGACCCCUCCCGCCGCCGGCCACCGCAUGCCAGUUUACCCACACAGGGAUGAGCAUGGCUACACGGGGAGCUACAACUACAGCAGCUACACAAACCAGCACCAUCACCCCAUCCAGAGCCAGUACCCCAGUCUGCCCCAUGAAGCAGGCCUUCCUACACCCCUCCACUACCCUGCCUACCACCGCACGCCUGCACAGUACCCUCUCAACAGUCCCAUGACCCGCAUGGAGCCUUGUCUGAUGGGCGGCACGUCCAGGCUGCACCCGUCGCCCGUGGCCCCGCGCUGGCCCGACCUGCCGGCCGCCAACGGCUGCUACUCCACCCCGCCCAUGCACUCGUCCCGCUACGGAGCCGGGGCCGAGGUCUACGCGCCGCUGGCCCCCCGCCGCACCACCGACUACGAGCACGCGCAACACUUCCCCGGCUUCGCCUACAUCAACGGCGAGGCCACCACCGGCUGGGCCAAGUAGAGAGGGCCAGGGGAGGCUAUAGCCUCUGGACAGCAGCGUCUCAUCGGCCCUGUGCGUCAGGCGCGUCCUCUGGGUCCAGGAGGGGCCAGAUGAGAGGACUGACAGAUCGAGCCGUACAUCUCAUCUGAGACAAGGCAGAGCCUCCACUCGUCGUCAUUAAGGGAGAGGAGAGGAGAGACACCAUGCCUGCAAACCUCCCUUGACCCCGAUGGUUGUCUUGUGUCCAGUGAGAAUCACAAUCUGUUUUGCUGUGCCUUUUACAUG